CUAGGUAACACACAUACACACAGGAGAGGAGAGAGAGAUCAUCUGAUCAGGAGAGGAGAGGAGAUGGAGUCGGCGACGGGAACGACGAGGUUGUUGGCAGCGUUGCUAUGCUGCGUGCUGCUGGCGACGGCUCCGCUGCCGGCGCAGGGCAACUGCCGCGACGAGUGCGUCGCCGCAGGCUGCAACGGCAGCUGGGGCUUCAUCUGCCAACUCUCCUGCACCAGCGCAUGCAUGGGACAAAUCGGAAUUUCAACCCUGAGUGUGGCAUCACCAGAAAAUAACUCAGCGGCAGCACAAGAGGGAGGAGCAGUGUCUGUACUCCGGGGGCUCAAACCUGCUGACGAUGGACCCAAAAACUAACCAAUCCACCUCCCUCCACCAACACCACAGGCAUUCAACUGCUGCUGCAAUAUAUAUUCGGGAUCGGCAUCGAUGUACUCGCUCCAAUUCGUGUGACCGGCUAAUUGAUAUAUGAAAAAAAAAUUGAAAUUAUAUAUUACAUCUA